AGUUUCGGUACAAGUCUAGCCACAGCCAUAGGUGGAUCCAUGGUGGGCGUCUUCGGCAUACAGACCGUGGUGCCGUGUGACUUCGACAACCUCGCGUUGAUGGUGUUGUGCUUGAAUGUGUUGCUGCCACUGUGCAGCAUCCCCUUCACCUUCUUGCUCAUCCCCAACCUGCGCAUGACGGACAGCUUUGAAGAGCACCUUAAGAACAAGCAGAAGACAGAGACUGACGAUAUCAGCACCGUCAGCAUGUCAGAAAGCGUGCUGUCUGCGGCGGAUAUAGAUGAGUCUAAGGCCAACUUGACCAAAGGCUAG